UUCAUGCCUUUCUUUUCCCUUCUGCAUAAAUUUGUUAAGGAUAUGACAAAACAUUUUUCCCUCUCCUCUUGAGCCCUGUAUUUCUCCAUACUUGGGGAGGACUUCGCUUCUUUUUUCUUUUUUUCUGUAAAGUAGCCCCCUGAAUUGUCUUUAAGAACACCCAUCAAACACAAGCUGCCUUAAGCAAGAUACCUUCUCUUUCCACCUUUAUCUUUGCUUUGAAUAUUUGAUAUUUGUUCCUUUUUAUUCGCAUGGUUCUUUUUCUUGCUUAAUAAUAGAUGGGAAUUAGAGCAUAACAUGAAAACCCAUUUGCCCAGGUUGUGGAUUUCAUUUUUGGUUUGAUAUUCCAGGUUCUUCUAGGAGAUGGAGCCAAUUCCCCUGAAUAAUGGUUGCAGUUCUGUUGAAGAAUUAUCUUUGCAGCAGUUACUUCUUCUGAACUCUCCUGAGAUAAGUGGCAUAUGUGGAGAUCCAUGUGUGAAUCCCCGAGUUGGUGAUGAGUAUCAGGCAGAAAUUCCUCCAAUGAUGUCAGAAGGCGUAGUUGAUUAUUCUAAUUCCUUUCUAAGAGGUUUGCCAAUCCCUGUUACUUGGGUCCAUGAUAGAAUAAGUAAUAAAGGAGAUGAAGGGUGCAGAAUGAGGAACACUGACGAUUCAGUCCAUGCAAAUUCAUCCAAUAAAUCUAGAAUGAAUAGGAAAAAUAGUAUUCUGAAGAAGAAAGGUUCAAAGCAAAAUGUGGAACCUUUGGAUCUUGGAUUCGAUGAAGGAAAGGAACCAAAAUCAGCAAUUCUUGGACCCUUGGAGGCAGGGGAAGCUAACUUAUCUCAGCUGCCCAAAAGCAAAAGUUAUGUUCCUGUUCCUGGAUUACCAAAUCAUCCUUGGAGUGAUGCUGACAUUGAUUGUUUUGUUCUUAGUCUAUAUAUAUUUGGGAAAAAUUUUGUUCAGGUAGAGAGAUUCAUGGAAAACAAAAAGAUGUGGAACAUACUGUCCUUUUACUAUGGGGAAUUUUAUAGGUCUGAUGGAUAUCAUAGAUGGUCAGAUUGCCAGAAGACAAAACGAAAGAAAUGCAUCUAUGGACAGAAAAUUUUUACAGGAUGGAGGCAACAGGAAUUACUCUCUCGUUUGCAUCCCCAUGUCCCAUUGCAUUCUCAAAACAAUAUUCUAGAGGUCUCUACGGCAUUUUCUGAGGGGAAAAUUUCUCUAGAAGAUUAUGUAUCCAAUUUAAGGGCCAUCGUUGGCAUUCAAGCUCUUGUAGAUGCUAUUGGAAUAGGUAAGGGGAAGGAAGAUCUAACAAGUCUGGCCAUGGAACCUGCAAAAAGCAAUCCUAUUUUCACUGUCUGCCCAAUCGGGAAAGCUUGCUCCUCUUUGACUUCCGGUGACAUAAUCAAGCUGUUGACUGGGGGCUUCCGUUUGAGCAAAGCUCGUUGCAAUGAUAUAUUCUGGGAAGCUGUUUGGCCCCGUCUACUAGCAAGAGGGUGGCACUCUGAGCAACCAAACAAUCAGGAUGAUAUGGGUUCCAACCAUCAUCUAGUGUUUCUCAUUCCUGGUGUUAAAAAGUUCUCAAAAAGGAAACUUGUGAAAGGCAACCACUACUUUGAUUCUGUUAGUGAUGUUUUGAGCAAAGUGGCAUCUGAACCAAAACUUAUUGAGCUUGAAUCUGAAGAAGCUAGAGGCAGCAGCUGUAAUGAAGAGGAGAAGGCGGUUCUAGGAGCUCCAUCAGACCACAGUGAUGCAUCCAUUAAGCAAUCCUUUCAUUACCUUAAACCACGAGCUUCUAAUAACUACAAUCUGAAGCUUGUGAGGUUCACUGUUGUUGAUUGUGGUUUGGUUGAUGGAGGAAAAUUAUCCAAGACGAGAGAAAUGAGAUAUGCACCAGAAGAUUUGAAAGUUAAAUCCUUACGUACAACUCUUUCAAGUCGCAUUAAAAUGAUAUUUUUGGAGAACUCACUGAACGACAAUGAAUUAGAUGCUGUUGACAUGUCAUUGGACGAUGAAAAGACUAUCAAUAAUGCUAAAUGCUAUGGAAAAACAUUUGAUGGUCAUGGCUCAAACCAUACAAAGUUCACCAUUGUGGAUACCAGCUUGAUACAUGAAGGAAAAUCAACGAAGGUGAGAGAAGUGAGAUAUUCACCAGUUGACAUUACAGUUACUUCUAAAAUGACCAAAUCCUCAAGGAGAAAAGGAAGGUGUUCUUCUGAGGAUUCGCUGGACAGGCAAGUGCCUGAUGCAGCCAAAAUGCUGUCACAUGAGGAUAAGAAUAUUGGAAAGUCCAAUCACAAUAAGGAUAUAGUUGAUAGCAGUGGCUCAAAACAGAAGGUACUAAACCAUGAUAAAUUGUUUGAAGACCACCAAGGUAAUAACAAUGUAUCAGAUGAAAAUCAGUCAACUGGGACUAUUAAGCACAGAUUCAGUCGAAGGUCAAAAUCUGGAUAUUCAAAUAAUUUAGAUCCUGUAGUCAAAAGACGGAGAUUAGUUGCCUGUUCUAGUGCCGAGUUAAGCCAAGUCAUUGAUAAUUUCUCUGUUAGCCCGGGAUCAAAACAAGAAGAGUCCUACUUCGCUUUGAAGUUGCAGGGGGGCAGCAAUAACGUCCAUGUUAAUCCUCCUCAAAAGUUACCAUUUAACAUUUCCUUAGCUGAAGGCAGUCUACAAGAGAGCACUGCAAGCUUGCCGAGUGUAACUUGUUUUGAUAUUGAAACGUCUCAUGGUGAAAAUGGAAAACAUCAAACCCCAUCUCUGAUUGAUCUGAACCUGCCUCAAGUUUCAUUGGAUUGUGAAAAUGAUGGACCAGCAUUAAUGGAUGCAGAAAGCCGCCGCAGAGCAAGUGCCGGUAGUAAAUGCCUGUCCAAUUCAGAUAAGACUGAUCUCAGAGCAUGGAAUGCCACUAUCGAUGCUAGUUCUGCACCAGUGCAGCCUAGUUUGACCCCAGAAGACAAAGCACAAGACACCGACCUUUGACCGCCAGAACAUUGGAAGCUCUUGAAUGUGGGUUCUUGGGUGUGAAGAAGCAUAAAAACUCAGAAGUUCACACACAAGAAAUUUCAUAUUCCAGCUCUUCAAACUGUGUUCAUGGCGAAGUCAAAGUAACAUCAAGUCAAGGUAAUGUUGGCUCUGGCAUUGUGAAUGCAAAAAAUGGGGAUGCUGGUGGGGCUUGUAAAUGAUUUUGUCCAAAGAACUCCCAACAGAAGUGACAAGAAGUGCUGAGCACAUCCAUAGUUGCUACAUUUCGAGGACAGGUAGCUAGUGAGGCGCGAUUUGUUAUAUUUUGACUUCAAAGAAUCAGGAGAAUUGCCUGAAGUAGCUGCUAUCUGUGGAGACACUCUUUGCUAUAUUACCUCUAAACUGCAGACGCUUUCCUCUUCGGUGUGCUUUCACCAAGCAAGCAUAGAAGAGGGAGUAUCUUUGCUUCGACAUGCAUACAGUUUACUUGCAAAACUUACAAUUCUCUCAUCACUAGUCACAUUUCACCAAUUAAACCACAAUGCACAUAACAUUUUACUGGAAAGUAUAGUGGUAUGUCAUCAAGUCAUUUGCAUUUUUUUCCCUAUUGUUUUCCAUUUUUUGGCUGACAAUGGAGACAGAACUUUUUGCAA